GAUACAAGCAGGGAAAAUGUCCCAGAUUCCCAUGGUGUUUAUUAGAGAGUAAAACUCAGAGUGGAUUGACUGCACUCAGAUGUGUGACUAACAAGACAGAGAGACCGAUUGAGCCAGAAGAUUUCAACUAGCUAAACGUGAUUCUGGAAAAAAAAUAACCUGACUGAAAGAGGACGUCCAGGUUGUUUUGACAGAACGGGAGAACUUUGUUUCCUGAGGGCCUGUUCUGGACAGUGUAUGGACGUGACUGGGAGAGAUGUACUUGUACAAAGCCACUUGUCCUGAUAUCCCUACUCCGAAACAGAAGGGUGGACAAAAGGAAAAAGGUUCGAGUCGCUGUGGGAAGCAAAAUGCUGGAGGCAAACUCUAUCCUCCGCUGGUGUGUCUGCGUUCCAGCUCUCAGGUAGAACUAAAGCACCUGGAGGAGUUUCUCAACGUGCACACACUCUCAUUGCAGGAUACUGUCCGAGCCAGGACUGGCAUGGCCUACAGGAACCUUGGGAAAUCUGGAUUGAGAGUAUCAUGCCUUGGUCUGGGCACUUGGGUGACAUUUGGAGGGCAGAUUUCAGAUGAUGUUGCUGAGCAGCUGAUGACUAUAGCGUAUGAGAGCGGGGUGAAUCUGUUUGACACUGCAGAGGUGUACGCUGCUGGAAAAGCUGAAGUCAUACUGGGAAACAUCAUCAAAAAGAAGGGCUGGAGGCGGUCCAGUCUGGUUAUUACCACAAAGCUCUACUGGGGUGGAAAAGCUGAGACUGAACGAGGCCUUUCUAGGAAGCACAUUAUUGAAGGUCUCAAGGGCUCCUUGCAGAGGAUGCAGAUGGAGUAUGUGGAUGUAGUCUUUGCCAACCGGCCUGAUAGCAAUACACCAAUGGAAGAGAUUGUCAGAGCCAUGACCUACGUGAUAAACCAAGGCAUGUCCAUGUACUGGGGGACUUCACGAUGGACAGCAAUGGAAAUAAUGGAGGCAUAUUCUGUGGCAAGACAGUUUAACCUGAUUCCUCCAGUGUGUGAGCAGGCCGAGUAUCAUCUGUUCCAGAGGGAGAAGGUUGAGGUGCAGCUGCCGGAGCUCUACCAUAAGAUAGGUGUCGGUGCCAUGACAUGGUCACCUUUGGCUUGUGGGAUCAUUACUGGAAAGUAUGAAAACGGUAUCCCAGACUCCUCCAGAGCAUCUAUGAAGUCAUACCAGUGGCUGAAAGAGAAGAUAGUCAGCGAGGAUGGACGCAAGCAGCAGGCGAAGCUGAAAGAACUGGGUCACAUUGCAGAGAAGCUGGGCUGCACUUUGCCUCAGCUCGCCGUAGCCUGGUGUCUGAGGAAUGAGGGAGUGAGUUCAGUGCUAUUAGGAACCUCCAAUGCAGAACAGCUAACUGAAAACCUGGGAGCCAUACAGGUACUUCCAAAGAUGACGUCUCAUGUGGUCUCAGACAUUGAUCAUAUACUUGGGAACAAGCCCUACAGUAAGAAGGACUAUCGUUCCUAGAUGCUACGGACACACGCUCAGGGUCAAGAGAGAAGUGUGUGUAGCAGUGUUCGUGCCCUAGUGGUUCCUGCUCCGAAUCUGUUUUCAUCAUUGGCCUGACCUCUCUCUCUCUCUCUCUCUCUCUGAAGCCUUAGAGCGCCGUCCUCCAUUACCAUACCUCCAUUCCCUCUGUUUUUGCUGGUGUGCCUUUGCACCCCAAAACCACAGCAAGAAUCCUCACGACUGGUGUUCAGGUGUCUUCUCGUAAUGGCACCUUACUGGAGGAGAGCUUCACUUGCUGAUGUGAUCUAUGAAGCGCAUAAACACCCAUGCUCCAUGUCUGGCCUCCGCUCUCAAAACCAUCAGCCAUCGGAUCGUCUGGUGGUUUUAGCACGCAUACUGGAGGAACAGAGCAUGACGCCCUCUUGUGCUCAAACGCAGCAACUGCAGAGCUGUUUCACAGACUGAUGAGCUUCUACUCAGUGGAACAAUGCACAUUCACAAAGAUCUAAGCUGUUCUGCCUGUGCAAGAAUGCCUGUAUAGAUAUUUUAUGAGGGGGUUUUAUUUUAAGAGUUAUUUGCUUCAUAGUGUGGGCCACAGUGAUGUGUGGUAGAAAAAUAAAUGCACACUUUUGACCUAGGAAAUUACUUGAAUGAGGGUAGCAUACACCUAUGAAUAUCUGCUUAUUGAACAUGCAGCUGUAUUAUAAACUGACCUCAAUCCCUACUGCAGUAUAUAAGUAUACAGUAUUAGAGUUGAUCUAACAUGCAUAGACUAUGUUAUGCCAGCAACCUAAGCAUUCAUGAUGCUUUAUUAUAAAUAAGUGACUUGGUUUUGCUUUGGGUACAAUUAAAAAAGGAAAUUAGAAGAGGACAACUUAAAGGGAUGCCCUUGUGAAAAAGAAGUGUGUCUGAUUGUAAUGAAUCUGCACUUGUUAGUUUAAGAUAACAUAAAGGCACUUAUGUGUGCUUAAAGGGAGUUCACUUUCAUGAAUAAGUUUCUCUAUACAUUGUUGUACUUUCAAAAAGUCAAUGGAAAAGAUUUGCUUUGAUGAAUAUAUUAAUUCAUUGUGGUUUUAUAAUCUGUUGUCAUGCUUUAAAGCAGUGGUUCCCAAUCUGUUUUUUUGCCUGAGUAUCCCUUAUCCCCUGGAAAAUGAUGCAAGGCCCUUGUAAGGUAACAUUUAAUGAUAGUAUCGCUCAAAUAUGUUUGCAGUAAGGAUGACAAAAACUGUUGUUUUCAAACAAACAGUAUGUUUAUUACUAUAUAAUAUUAAUAAACUUGAAUUUGAAUUUUAUUACUUUGAAUUUUAAUUUCUUUUUUAAAUACUUCCCAAAUGAUGUCUUACAUAGC